AUGACAUCAUCUCGCGACGAUACUAAUUCCAAUAUGAAGGCGAUGCUGGCGAGCUUGAGCUCAGCUAUCCCGUCGCAGCGCCGCAUGCCAGAGCCACUAUUCGUCAACGCCUGGCGUCUGGAUAUGAUGAGCGGGCUGGCCGCGUUCGGGCCUGUCCUAUUGGGACUUCUUCGCCUCAUCCAGUUUUCUCUCGAUUCUCCCUGGGAAGAUACACGACAUCUGCUGUUUAUCCGCUCGUAUGCAUCAGUCUAUGAAGCACCACGAGAUAUACCGGUCCGUGAGGCACCUGCUGAUCCGUCAUACGCCACUUUUAGCGGCUACACUCAGUCAAAAUGGGUCGCUGAGCAGCUACUCCUUGCCACAGCACAAAGGACCACGCUGGAUCCAUUGAUCGUGCGUGUUGGCCAGCUCACCGGUGGACCUGCUGGGGAUUGGGCGGCAAACGAAUGGUUCCCUGUCAUGGUGCAGAGCGCCCCAUACCUUGGGUGCUUUGUCGACGAUCCACGGCCGUGUCCUUUCCUUCCUUUCGACAUCGCCGCAGGCGCACUCCUUGACAUGCUCCACGCAUCGAGCCCUACCCAUAUCGUGCAUCUCAUCCAUCCGCGUCCCGUGUGUUGGAAUGCUAUUGCAAGGCAUAUUGCCGCGGAGUUGUCUGUAAAGCUUGUGCCAUACAGAGAAUGGCUGGCACGACUGGAGAACGCAGCAAGGUCGCUACCAGAGGAUAAGACAGUCCGCCGCAGGAGGCUGCGGGAAUGUCGUGCACUGCGGCUACUCCCGUUCUUCCGUGUCUACGUACCUGACGGGUCAGAGGCCAGUCCGUCAGCAAUGGGGUGGCCUGAUUUCGAAGUCAAGCAAGCCAUUGCGGCUUCGCAGACGCUGGCGAAUCCGCGUGUCCGGCAGCUGGGGUCUGAGGACGUGAUGAAAUGGCUGGAGUAUUGGAGAAGAGUUGGCGCUCUUCCAGCGAAAAUCUCUCUGACGCGACUAUGA